AUGAGCUCAAUUUCAGCUGGAAGGCCAUAUCCAACUCCAGAGCACGCCAAUGAUGAUUAUGUCCCUUCGAUUGAUGCUACAGAACCCGAGGACCCGAGGGCAUCGGGUCGAGAGGCACCGGGUCAGAACAAAGGUGCUACAAAACCGCGCUUCAAAGGUCUGGAUCGGAGGAAGACCGUGAGAAAAUUUCAAACCGGCCCCAAGGAGAACAGCUUGGAGAUAUUCGAGAAAGUGGUUCGGCAACAAGUAGGCCAGGAGGACUUGACAUCGGAGUCGGCUUCAAAGUCACCUGCCGCCCUCGAGUACUACAACGACCUCGCACGGCUGAAGCCAAUGAUGAGGUCGCAGAGCAUUGAGUCCUGUCUCGAGUUCUUCUUGGCCAAAGUGUGGCAUAAUGUGCCCUUCGAGGGCAGAAACCGGCUUUUGAAGCAAAGAGGAACCGCUCUUGUGACCAAAGUUGCAGAAGCGAAGAUGAGCGACUGGGACAAUGAGAAGUUGCCACCCCUGGCCCAGACAACCCAGCUUUUUCACGACCUUGGCUCCCUGAGCUGCAAGAAAUGGGCCGAUAGCGUCAUGAGCCUCAUCCACAAUCUCGUGACCAGGAGCACUGCCAAAGCGGACUAUUCAGACGCCGAGGCCUAUCAGAGGUCCAUGGCUAGGAAGGACCUGCUGUUGCAAGAUCUCAUCGAUACUUGGAUCGUCUUCCAUCAACAUCGUCUUUUCUCCAGCAGAUGGGGUCCCCCCGGUGAACAGGAGUGGUCUUUCCGAUUCCCAAAAUUGGACGAGGGGCUCCUCCUUAAACAUGCGCGGUCCGGCGAGGCAAUAAAGGCGAUCAAUAUGGUAUUUCCACAGAUCAGAGGCAACGACUUCCGGGACAUUCCAAUGGUGGCAAUAGCGUCUUUUGUGAUCCUAGCGGACCCUUCCCGCUCAUCCCUCGAAGCACAGGAGAAAGCGAAACCCCUUCUCCAAUCAAUGGGAAAGGUACUGGCUGCGGUUCCGAUUUGGAAAACCGGUUUGCAGAGCAUAUUCGCAGAACAUCCACGUGUUUUAAGCUAUGUUUUGGAUCGGUGGGAUUCGCUUAUUUCUCAGCUUCGCCAAACCGACAGGCCUAAGCGAAGACCGGAGAGCAUCGUCCGGAAACCAGAAGUCAAGCAGCCUGUAGGUCCAAGCAGCAAAGACAUCCAGCAGCAGGUGACCACAGCCCUUGGGAUGGGCGAUGCUGAUGCUGCUGAGACCGCAUGGUCACGUCUUUGGGGUCCAAAUGCUGUACCCAGUGAAGAUCGAAAAGAGGAAAUGCAGACGAUGAUCGAAUUAUUUCACUACUUUAUCAUGGCAUUCACCGCUUUGCACCGGCCGAAGAGAGCCGUCGAGGUUUGGGACAGCAUGACAAGCGUCGGACUCGAGCCGACGGUCAAGACCUGGACCUCCUUAAUUGAAGGUUGCCGAAGAUCCAAGAAUGCCGCCGGUAUCGAGAAUGUUUGGAAAAAGUUGCUCGCUGCUGGUAUCGAGGUGGACGAAGCUGCAUGGUCGGCUCGGGUCGUGGGGCUGAUAGAUUGUGGCGAGCCUGAAGCAGGACUGCGGGCCCUGGAUGAGAUGCUGCAUCAAUCAAAGCUUUCCAUCGCUCCGGUCAACGCGGCCGUUUCCGCACUGAUCCGUCUGAACGCCAUGUCUGCGGCCAAGAACGUCCUCGCCUGGGCGUCUCAAAACCACAUCGAGCCAAAUGUCAUGACCUUCAACACACUGCUGCGGCCCAUGGUCCAACAAGGGAACGCCGCACAGGUCGAGAGCCUGCUGAAGACGAUGAAAGACCAGGGUGUCGAGCCGGAUACGGCGACAUUCACGGUGCUCCUCGAGGGCCUCAUCGGCAACUCCAAGGACACGGAUGCCGCCGAGGUGGUGAAGUCCGUCAACGAGCUCUUCGACAAGAUGGAAGCCGCCGGCGUGGAAGCCAACAUGCGGACUUUCGCGCGCAUGAUUCAUUUGCUCCUCAGCGAGCCAGGUUCCAACAGCUACCAUGCGGUAGAGGCCAUCCGCACACACAUCCAGGACAAGGGCCUCCGCAUGUCGCCGUACAUUCACACCAUCCUUGUAGACCACUAUUUCAGGCUCAACCCCCCGAACCUUGCUGCUGUGGAGGAUCUCAUGAACAAGGGCGGCCUAAAGUGGCGGAUGCUUGUGAGGCGCGGCCUGGACAGGGUAUUCUGGGAGAGGGUCAUCAAGGGGUAUGCCAUUGCAGGAGAGCCGGACAAGGCCUUCGAGAUAUUCGAGCAGGUGAGCAACCUCGGGUCUGCACUGACGCUAGACACGCUCGCGACCCUCUUGCAGUCGUUAGUCAGUGCGGGCAAGACGGAAGAGGCGAGGAAGACGGUCGAGAUCGUGAGGAAGCACCGGGAGAACGCGAAGGUGAGUUUGACCGGCGGCGAAGGUCAAAAGCACAAGGGCAGGUACUGGAGGCAUCGGUUCUGGGCAUAUGCGGUAGAGUGUGGGCUGCUUUCACCGGCUGAGUGGAGGUCGCUUGAGUUUGGAGAAGAUCCAUUUCGUGCUACGGCCUGA